CUCCCUACUCCCCAGUAAAGGGGGAUCGUAAGGCACAGCUGAGGCUGAGACUGCUGUGGAGUAGUCUAGGCCGCCUGCUGGAAUGUCGGUCCGUGCUGCAUUGAGUGCUGUCUUUCAAGUGUUGCAUGGGAGACCUGCACUUGCCGUGUGCUACCUUAACUGAGGACUUCUGAGGACGUUCUGUUUGACAGUUGCUUUAAGGUCCAGUGUGACACCCUCCCUCAGACUCAGUCUCUAGCGACUUUCUGCUGGGAGCGCCUCUACUUCAUCAUGGAUCGGAGGCACUUAGCACUCAACAAACGUAGCUCGCUUUUUCUUCCUCCAUACUUUUUUACCUCCCUUAUUUGCCAGGCUUGGCUUUGAGUGAAUUUUGGCUUUUUGGGGGGUUGUGGGGGGCUCUCUGAUUCAUUCAACAGAUCUUCACUGAGUGGCAGACGUGUGCAAAGUGCUUAGGAUGCCAAAGGCAAGUGUGUCGUCUGUAUUUAGUGUUGGGACCGACAGUGAUUGAGACAACAGAUUUUAUCUUCACUGAUGCAGAGGGUGGCUGCUGGUGUAGGCAGGAUGGUUAGGGACCUGCUUUCUCAGAACUGACUGGGAAGGGAUGGUGGGGACCAGGCCAUUUGGGGCCUCACAGAUCAGGGCUGAUGAGUUUGGCUCCAUUUAUGCUGACUCAGUUUAUUUGAGGGUGGGAGCAUUCCUGUUUCUCAGAAUUCCCUGUGCCUAACUCCAGGCGUGGCAGAUGAUACUUGCUCAGUAAAUGUUUAUUGAACAAAGAAUUGACUGAGAGUGAUGGAACACACACAACUGUGGGGCUGGGAGCAGGAGCACGAGGCCUGUCUCUCGGUGCAGCCUGGACCAGUUGCCCCUCUCCUCAUCCGCCAGGUGAGACCAGCAGGAGAAAGCCAUCUCAGCAGUGGUUGGUGGUUAUAUUUAUGGUUAAAUUUUAUUUCGAGAUGCUCGUAGUUUCACAUGCAGUUGUAAGAAUACAGAGAGAUCCUGUGUCGCCUUCUCCCAGCUGCCCCCUGGGGUAACAUCUGGUGAAAUUCAGUGCACUCUCAGCACCAGGAUGGGGCACUGAUACUGCCAGGACACAGAACAUCAGGACGGCUCCGUCCCCAUGCACAUCCCUCAUGUCAGCCUUUUGUAGUCCCCCUACACACCGCUAAUCUGUUCUCCAUUUUUUUUGUGAUUUUGUAUUUCAGGGGUGUUGUGUGUAUGGGGUCGUGGAGUGAGUGGUCCUUUGGGGUUGGCUGUUUUCACUCAGUGUGAUUCCCUAGAGCGUUAUCAGUCCCGCCAGUCAAGUUUCUUCCUUUUGCUGCUGAGUGGUAUUUUGCAGCCUGGCUGGCCUGCAGCUUGUUUACCCAUUCACCUGUUAAAAGACACCUGAGCUGCUUCUAGAUUUUAGUUGUUACAAAUAAAUGUUGCUGUCAACAGUCCUGGGCAGGUUUUUGUUGAAUGUAAGUUCUCAUUUCUCUGAUAUAAAUGCCCAAGAGUACAAUUUCUGGGUCAUACGGUAGUUACAUAUUCAGCUUUAUUAAGAAGUGCCUAUUUUCCAGAGUGGCCAUACAGUAGUUUUUGUUUGCUCUUUCAAAUGUCUUAACAAUGGAAGAAAGAUGCUUCUGCUGGGCCCGGCAUAGAAAGCCCAUGGAGAGCCGCCCUGUGGGUGGGGAAGCGGGUGUCGGGAGCCCCACUGCUUACCAGGAACCCGAGUGAAACUGGGUCUUUCCAGUCCCAAGAUUCUCCUUUUUUGCUAAAGGCAUCAGAAGAGAUGAAAGCAUUUCUACCACCCACAUUUCCGGGACACUCCUAGCUUUGAGAGUUGCGAGAGAGGUUUGAUUUUCACUGUCAUUUAAAUCCUCUCGGGUUUUCAGUGGAGCCUGAUCUUUAGGGCUCUGGGCGCAGCUGUUGGUCUGGAGAUGCAGAUCACUGUCUGCUGAACAGAGCCCUCCUCCUGGGGUUAGGGAUCUCCUGAUUGAGGCAUGGAUCCAAGGGCUUCUUUCUUUGUUCUCUGAUUCCCUGAGCCUCUUCCUUGUGUGUGUGGUGUGUGUGCACUUGUGUGAGCGCACCGGGAACUAUGACAGCAAUCAACGGGUAUGACUGGGGGUGGGGAGCAGAGGCAGCAUGGCCAGGAAUCUAUACUCCAGCUACCAAAAGGAAGGAAGUAGCAGCAAAAAUAGCCUGGGUGGGGUGGUAGAAAAUAUUAAGGGGAAAAUGAGAUGGGUGGGGUUGAAGAAGGAGCUGCUUCAAGAGAAACAGACACACACUGGGUAAGGAAUCGCGUGCUGUUGAAACUGACGGUGUGGAAGGAAAGUGAGGUGGCGGUGGCUGGGCUGUGGUAGAGGAAGCUGAUCACCGACGCAGAAUGUUCAGCUUAACAAAGAAAUGACACUUGCCAGCAACCGGAGCCUGGCAGAAGGAAACCUUCUGUACCAGCCCCAGCUGGACACAUUGAAAGCACGCUUGACCCAGAAAUACCAGGAGCUCCAGGUUCUCUUUGAAGCCUAUCAGAUAAAGAAGACCAAAUUAGACAGACAGUCUAGCAGUGCUUCCUUGGAGACCCUGUUAGCACUUCUUCAAGCAGAAGGGGCCAAGAUUGAGGAAGACACUGAGAACAUGGCAGAGAAGUUUCUGGAUGGAGAACUUCCUCUGGAUUCCUUCAUUGAUGUCUAUCAGAGCAAACGGAAACUGGCCCACAUGCGACGGGUGAAAAUCGAGAAGCUCCAGGAGAUGGUGCUGAAGGGGCAGAGACUCCCGCAGGCCCUGGCCCCACUGCCCCCCAGGCUGCCCGAACUGGCACCUACCGCCCCCCUUCCCUACCCUGCCCCAGAGGCCAGUGGGCCCCCCACCGUUGCGCCUCGGCGCAUCCCCCCGCCACCACCCCCAGUGCCAGCAGGACGCUUAGCCACCCCGUUUACUGCGGCCAUGAGCUCAGGACAGGCCGUGCAGUACCCAGGAUUACAGUGCCCGCCCCUGCCCCCCCGCGUGGGCCUCGCCACUCAGCAAGGAUUCUCCUCGCAGUUCAUGUCCCCGUAUCCGCCAGCUCUCCCCCAGAGACCCCCGCCCCGGCUCCCUCCGCACCAGCCGGGUUUCAUCCUCCAGUGAGCGCGGCGCGGCCCUUACCGGGAGACUCCUUCCGCCUGCCGUGUUGUGCUCCGCACAUGGGAGGGAGGCUGAAGGUCUGCCCUGUGCCAAGGGCUCUGGGGCCCUGGGCCAGCGUGUCUGUCUGGUUUUAGAACUGUAGGUCAGUGGUGAGUAGUGGAAGCCCAGGCUUUGGGCAACGAGGCAGUUGUGUGUGCCGGGUUGCAGCCUGACACCUGUGCGUCGCAUUGGUUUGCAUUCUCCGUGUGAUUUCUAAGUAUCUUAGCGUUGAUGGACUCGUAUUUGGGAAGAAACAAGGCCUCUCCCCCAUUCCCAUUUAGAAUCUUGGUCCUUCCGUUGCAGUUUUAUUUAAUGAGCAUGGUUCAUAAUACUUAUUUUAUUUUCGAAAGUCCUAUGUGUCUCACCCACCGGCCACUGCAGCCCUGGUGAGGGCGGGUUGGCGCCGGCCGUCCUGGAAGAGCCCCGUGGCCGGCCACCACCUGCGGCUGCGUUGUUGCUUACUGACUGCUGGGGAGAGGUCGUCGUUCGUCCCCGCCUGACCUGGCUGCUGCUCUUGCUUCAGAGCCACAAGCAAAGUUUGCACUGGGCCCACUGCCGAGUCCAGAGGCCGGAGAACGGCCGCCGGUGUGGGAGGGGACCGCACGAGCGGGACUUGCACAGCAAAUUGUGUCCCCAGCUCCUCCUCUCCCUCCUGCCUCGAGCCGGCCCUGAAGGUUUCUAUGAAGAAAUAAUCCCCCAAUAUUUUUACUACGUGUGUGAUUUUCCUGUUUUAUAUUGAAAACACUUUUUUGACACUCCCAAGACCAUUCAGGGAAAUUUUAUAAAAAAUGCAGAUACUGUCUUGAGCAGAUUGAAAUGCUGAUGAAGUGGAUGUGAUUUCCUUCCGUGCAAGCAGUGCACGGUCCCACCCUCGGGUGUCCGUGCUGUGCCUUAGCUUCCCCAGGUGCCAGGACUUUACACCUGCUAGGGGCUGGGCAGGGCCCCGGCUCUGCUUUCUCUGAAGGGCUUGUCCAAGUUCAUUGCCCUGUUACAGGUGGUCAUGACAUCUGGCCACCUUGACCCAGGCUACCCUUAGCCAAUAUCCUCUGCCCCUGGCUGGCUGGUGGCUCAAGGUGGGCAGCGUUAGGGGUCUGGUGAAAGCCCACCCCAUGGGAUUGAGGGACAGGGCUACACUCCGACCGCCUGUACCUGCUCUUCCCUCCACCCCUGUGGGACGUCUUCUUCAUGUGCCAUGUGUGCUGAAGGCCCAGGGCCCAGCAGGGGGCAGUGGCACCUGUUGACAGAAAAGGCCCAGGUGCUCACCGGUGGACCUUCUGGCCCGCCUCUCCCCUGUCACUUGUCAGGCAUCCAGGGCCCUGACCUGUGCCUAGCCGCCAGGGUGACAGAAGGCAGAAGUGAAGCGGGAUCUGUCCCAGUGGGCCACGGACCAGGCCACUGCCUUUUGUCCUCAGUGACUGUACAUUCCUGCUCUCGGACUUGAACUCUACUGUAACUGUUUUCUUAAAAGAAAUGAAGCUGUACAGGAUGAUUCACUGCCAUGCCAGUCAGGCGGGCUUGCCAUGUUCUGUGAAUCUCGAUUGAGCGGUGCCACCCGCCCCCAUACCUCCACCAGCGGCCGCUGUCAGGGAUGCCACAGCCUGGCCAUGGUCGCAGCCAAACAUGAGCUCGGCAUUGGAGUUGCAAAGGGGCCCCUGACUGGGCUCGCCAUCGCUGUUCAGGGCUGUGUACGGUGCUGUGGCUGUAAAGCUGUAGGACCCUUUUUAAUAAAUAGAGAAUUAUUAAU